AUGGCCAGCCUGGAGCCAUGGAGGGGUUCCUGGGCUCCGCUGCCAUGGCGGCCGCCAGCGGCCGCCGACGCGCCGCGGGCGCGGCGCGUGCGCCGAUCGCAGGCGUGCGGAUCGGGCUCUGUGAAGGUUUUGCUCUCGGCGGCGGGUGCGGGCUUGGCGACGGCUCGGAGGGGAAAAGCCCUGCGGGCGGAGGAGCGAACAGCUCUGUCGGCGCCAAAUGAGACUGGAGCUUUGGUUUCCAUCUCGGAGCUGCCCAAGGUGGAGGCCUUGGGCGUGGAGCUGCGGCAGACCAGCGGCUACGCCGCCCCGGUGAACGUGCAGACGGGGGAGCUGACCCGUGAGCCGUUCCGGAUCAAGCACGAGCUCGGUCCUGACGUGAAAAAGAAUAUCGCGACGGUCACAGGCACGCUCCAGAAAUUGCGGAAGCACUUCGGGUGGAACAAGGUCAUUGGGGUCUCCGUAACCAAGGCCAUCAUGGGGUCUCUCUCGGAGGAUAAGGACGAGGACUACCUCACGCGGCGCCAGAAGGUGGAGACUCUGCUGCGGCAGUGCCUGCUGAAGAAGGGCCCCGUGACCUUCUUCCACACAGAGAUACACACCGUGGGAGCUGGAUACCACGAACUUGUGUGGGGCGGCAGCAGAAGCAAGGAUGUUUGGAGAAAGAAGACAGUUUUGGUCUGCACUUUGGGUCGGAAUAUCGGGGCCAUCCUUUUCACGGAUGGCCGCCGCGUGCGGAACUCGCCUUUGAACGAGCUCUACACGUCGAGCCGCUCCGCCACUCUGCCGAGCGAUGCCGGGGACUACAAGUUUGUGCCCCCGAGACCAGGCGCCGAGGGCUUCGGGGAGUGGGCCACCACCUUGGACGACCACCUGGCGGAGAUCACCUCCUCGCUUCCCUCAGGCCUGGACCGGCUGGUGCUGGUUCCCACUGGCCGGAUGGCGCGGGCGGACAACGGCAUCUCGGAGGCGCUGCGCGCGCCGAGCCGUUUGGCGAAGGUUCGUCAGGUGGCUACGGAGAGGGGCGCGGACCUGGUGGUGGCGCCCUUCGAGCAGGAGGCCAACAUCGUGCGGGGCAUCGCCUUGGCCUCGAUCUUCGAGCUGCAGAUCAACCAGGCACAGCGGGCCUUGGACGGGGUCCUGAACGACGCCCAGAUCCUGCAGUCCUUGUCCAAGGUGCAGCUCCACGCCAUCUUUGACCAGAUGGAUGUGGACGGAGAUGGAAAGCUACAAGCUGAGGAGCUCUGCCGGGCCCUGACGUUGCUGGGCUUCGACCGGGACGUGGAUCAGCUGGUGGAAGAGCUGGACACCUCCCACGACGGCGUGGUCUCCUUUGAUGAGUUCAUGGUGUGGUGGUCCCACCACGUGAAUGAGGCGCGCUGCGUGGUGACCACCAGCGCGAAGGCAUGGAAGACCAUCAUCACCAACUUGAACCCUCCCAACGGCUUCGGCCCGUUGGUCCUGCUGAAGGUGACCUUUACCUUCUGCCGCAGCUGCCGUUCCUUCGAGCCCAAGUGGCGGAAGUACUCCCAGGAGUAUCCUGAGAUCCGCUUCGUGGAGCUGGUGGGCAACGGCACGGUGGGGGCCAUGGAAUUCUGCACCAAGCAGCUGGGGGUGAAGGUGUCUCCCGCCUUCUUCAUGUUCCGCCGCGGGGAGGACGGGGGCGAGAUCGUGGCCCAGUGGACCGGGGCCAGCGUGGAGCGCUUCGAGGGCAGCGCCCGAGCCUCGGGGCGCGCGGGGAUUUUCGCCUCGAGUCGACGGGUUUUCACGAAGUGCGGGGCGCAAAAGGCGGACAUCUUCGGAGAAGGUGCCUUCAUUCUGCCCGGUGAGCGCGUGCGCCUCCUGAAGGACGACAACGCCUUCCGCGGCGCCUUCAAGCGGUUCCCGGCGCAGUCGCUGAACGGCUACACCGCCGAGAAGUGGACUCGGAGGGGGGAGGAGUGUAUCAUUGAGAAAGUAUUCAACGACAAGACCUUAACUUGCGUGUUUGCAGAUAGUACCAGAUUUGACUUACCCUGGGAAGUCGUGGAUGGCUACAAAGAAUGA